CCGAGCCGGACAAAAGUGAGCCCAUCCCGAAAGCCUAGUCCUAAUGGGGCCCACCACUCAGUGAACUGUGUCCACGCAGCCUACCCAUACUUCCUUCCUCGACCGCCGCCACCGCUGCCGCCGGCGGCCGGAGAUGGCGCGCCGCGCCUCAUGCUUCCUCGCGGUCCGCGGGAUCUCCUCGUCGCCGUGCCUCGCGCGGAGGCUCAAGCAAACAGAAAGUGAGAUUGUUCAAAUGUUCCGCCCUCCAGCUAGUCGGAGUGAGGGGGCAAUAGCAGCUAUUGUGCCAAGGUACACGAAUUCUGUGCGUGUCUUGGAUGAGAGGUUCAUUAGGAUCCUGAAGAUAUUCAAGUGGGGACCUGAUGCUGAGAAGGCACUGGAGGUUCUAAUGCUUAGAGUUGAUCACUGGUUAGUACGGGAGGUUAUGAAAACAGAUGUUGGGGUCAAUGUGAAGAUGCAAUUCUUCAGAUGGGCUGCAAAGAGGAGGAAUUAUGAGCAUGACACAUCCACUUACAUGGCCUUGAUACACUGUUUGGAGAUAGUAGAGCAGUAUGGUGAGAUGUGGAAGAUGAUCCAAGAAAUGGUACGGAACCCCAUUUGUGUUGUCACCCCAACAGAGCUGUCAGAUGUAAUUCGUAUGCUAGGGAAUGCUAAGAUGAUCAGCAAGGCGAUUGCAAUCUUUUACCAAAUCAAGGCACGGAAGUGUCAGCCAACUGCUCAGGCCUAUAAUAGCAUGAUAAUCAUGUUGAUGCAUGAGGGGCAAUAUGAGAAAGUCCAUGAACUAUACAAUGAGAUGAGCAAUGAGGGCCAUUGCUUCCCUGACACUGUGACAUACAGCGCACUCAUUUCUGCUUUCUGCAAACUCAAUCGCCGUGAUUCAGCAAUUCAGUUGUUGAAUGAGAUGAAGGAGAACGGAAUGCAGCCAACUGCUAAGAUAUAUACCAUGUUAAUAGCUUUGUUCUUCAAACUGGAUGAUGUUCAUGGAGCGUUAAGUUUGUUUGAAGAGAUGAAGUAUCAGUAUUGCCAACCAGAUGUGUUUACAUACACAGAGUUGAUCAGAGGCCUUGGUAAAGCUGGGAGAAUUGACGAAGCAUAUCACUUCUUCCAUGAAAUGCAGAGAGAAGGCUGCAGACCAGACACAGUUGUUAUGAAUAAUAUGAUAAAUUUCUUAGGCAAGGCUGGUCGUUUGGAUGAUGCUAUGAAGUUGUUUCAGGAGAUGGGAAUGUUGCGGUGCAUCCCUAAUGUGGUGACGUACAAUACUAUUAUAAAAGCACUUUUUGAAUCAAAAUCUCGUGCUUCUGAGGUUCCAUCGUGGUUUGAGAGAAUGAAGGGAAGUGGAAUCUCCCCCAGUUCAUUUACAUUUUCCAUUCUGAUUGACGGAUUCUGCAAAACCAACAGGAUAGAAAAGGCCAUGAUGCUACUGGAGGAGAUGGACGAAAAGGGCUUCCCUCCAUGUCCAGCAGCGUAUUGCAGCCUGAUUGAUGCACUUGGAAAAGCUAAGCGCUAUGAUCUUGCAUGUGAACUUUUUCAGGAACUAAAAGAAAAUUGUGGCUCCUCCAGUGCUCGAGUGUAUGCAGUUAUGAUAAAACACUUAGGAAAGGCUGGACGGCUUGAUGAUGCUAUAAAUAUGUUUGAUGAGAUGAACAAACUCGGUUGCACUCCUAAUGUUUAUGCUUACAAUGCUCUUAUGUCUGGAUUAGCAAGAACAGGCAUGCUUGAUGAAGCUCUUACUACAAUGAGAAGAAUGCAAGAGCAUGGGUGUAUUCCUGAUAUCAAUUCAUACAAUGUUAUCUUGAAUGGGUUGGCUAAAACAGGAGGACCUCAUCGUGCAAUGGAGAUGCUUUUGAACAUGAAACACUCUGCAGUAAAACCAGAUGCUGUCUCUUAUAAUACUGUUCUUGGUGCCUUGAGUCAUGCUGGCAUGUUUGAGGAGGCAGCUAAGCUGAUGAAAGAGAUGAAUGCAUUGGGAUUUCAGUAUGAUCUCAUUACAUAUUCAUCUAUACUUGAGGCGAUUGGAAAGGUUGAUCAUGAAUAAACUGACAAAGUUCACUGGCGGGCUAUAGAUGGGUCCUGUUUGUGUUCUACAUAAGGCACCCUAAUCCAGGCUUAAAUUUUUUAAAAAAGAUUCUUCCAAUUGAAUUUUGUCUGUUUGGCAUAGAUCAAAAUCUGUGCUCAUGCACAACUCAGGUGAACUGUAGCAAUUGAACAAACUAUGAGCAAUAACUUCCGUGCUUAAAAAUGCAAAGCAUCCGAGAAUUUGUUGCUAGAAGUUUUGAGACCAUUGAAGCACAAGCUUAACUACUGUGUGCCUUGAGAGAUCUUUCUUCAGCAACCCACGUUCCCAUCUGGUGGAUUCCUGAAGUUCUGGUCUGUGUUAGUUCGUGCAACUCUCAUAUUUUUCAAGUAUUGUAUUAUAAUGAAAGAAAAGGAACUUCCUGGAUUUUGACGUGAAUAAAUUAUGGUGGCUUUUUGAUCUUGGCACUGGUGAAAACAACUUGAAUAUUUUCAGUUACUACUCAGAUGGGGCUUCCGUAUGGACAGCCUAGCUUCAUGGCAGCACUUGUGUUCCAUUGGAAAUGGAGGGUUCCUGGGUCAAGCUAUGUAGGUUUCAAAGUGCAGAUCUGGCUUCUGCUACUAGCAUGUAAAGCAAGAUUCCACCAAAUGAGAAUUUAGAGCAAGAAGACAAGUUUGGGAUUAGCGUUUCUCUGGAGCCAUGUGAAGCUGCAUAUUUAAUGAAAAACCUUAUGAGAGACAAGAGUACGUUGCACCUUGUAUAACCAGCAAAGACUCUGCAUAGUUCAAUAACAGCAUCCAGGCUUCCUUUUGGUAAACCGAAGUCCGGAAUCGAGAUAUGGUCCAAAUCUGAUAUAAAUAGUACCAUGAAUGUAUUUCUUUCGCUGUUGUAGCCUUAUGAUACAUAACACCAUGCAUGUGCUUGUAAUGCCUCUUGUAAAGAUCGUGUUAUCUUAGUGGAGAGCUUCUAAGCUCAACCACUCCGCAAGCAUCGAUGCUUAAGUUUUGAUAUAUCUUCGCUCCAGCAUGGAAAGGGAACAACUUUUUAUUUAGCA